UAGUCUCUAGCAAAUGGAUAAAGGACAGAGUCGGCUGCUUUUUUCUUUCGUGAACUCGAAUCUAAACUUUUCUUCGAUUAUCAAUCAAUCACCCAUGGAAGGAGAGGAGAUGCUUGAUUGGGAGCUCGUUCACGGCUCCGACACCGAUUCGAUCACAUCGGAGAUGGAAUCAAGUGUAAUCGAUGACGGUAUGAUCGUCUCUGAUCAUUUCUCUGCCGAUCAAAGCAUAGGAUCUGGUGAUUCUUCUCGGGUCGAUUACGGGUCGGAGUAUCCGAAUCCGGCGGGUUUGGGUUUCGAUCGGUUGGAUGUUUAUAGAUCGGGUGAUGAUGCUGGUGUCGGAAACGAAUUAGGGUUUAUCGAUGGUGAGGGCAUGUCCGAAACAGACAAUCUCCAAGUCGAGAUCCAAGCUGGUGUUGAAGAACAUGUCGAGGGUUUGUCGGAAACGAACAAACUCCAAGUCGAGAGCCAAGAUUGUGUUGAAGAACAACAUAUCGAGGAUGCAAGCAAGUGUUUGUCGGAGACAGACGAUCUUCAAGUUGAGAGCCAAGCUGGUGUUGAAGAACAUGUCGAGGAUUUGUCCGAAACUGACCAUCUCCAAGCUGGUGUUGAAGAACAUAUUGAGGAUGCGAGCAAAUGUUUGUCUGAGACAGAGGGCAACGAAGUGGAUUCUGGGAAUGUGAGUGGUGAAGAGGAGAUUGUUUCUGAUAGGGAAGCAGUUGAGGGAAGUGGAGGAGGGGAUGUCGUGGCUGUGAGGUCUGGUGAUGAGAGUAAAAGUAGAGAGACUGUGUGGUGGAAGAUGCCGUUUGUUCUUGUCAAGUACUAUGCACUUAGGAUUGGUCCUGUUUGGUCUCUCUCCAUGGCUGCAGCUGUGAUGGGUUUUGUUCUCUUGGGACGCAGACUCUAUCAUAUGAAAAAGAAAGCUGAAAGGUUCCAUCUCAAAGUUGCAAUCGACGAGAAGAAGGUUUCGAGGGUGAUGAGUCAGGCAGCUCGACUCAAUGAAGCAUUCACAGAGGUAAGAAGGGUCCCAGUGAUCCGCCCUGCUCUGCCAUCCCCUGGUGCAUGGCCGGUUUUGAGCCUUAGGUGAGAGAAGCCGGUUAUACUAUGUCUCAUAACGUUAUGUACCAGAGUAGAGAGCACGUACUUGUGUGUGUACAGUGGCUCAUCAUGUUAUGUACUAAAAGAAUAUGGUGUUUGUGAUGUUCCUAUCAACCUAUGCAUAGUAGUAGUUCACCAUAUAAUGCCGAUCCCUUUCAGUUGAGUUUCAAA